AAUUUAUUUUGGCCAAAUCCUAACUUCUUUUUUUUUUCCUCUUUUAAAGCCGUCCCCUCUCUUCUCUGUACUCGAAACCCUAGUAGUGUGCUCUAUCCGAUUUUAGGGUUUAAGAGUCAAAUCAUUAGCAUCUAGCUUUGCCUACGCGGAUCGCACUUGGUUUCGCUACUCGAUCCUUGAAUUUCUCUGUUUUUGUGUGUUUCGAUUUAUCCGAUUCGCCUUUGAUCCGUAAUGGUGACUGGGUCCAGAACUAGCGGUAAUCGUGGGGUAGGACUCGAUGAUGAAUCGAAAAAGAUGAUUCAAUCGAUUAAGGAAAUUGUGGGUAAUCACUCAGAUGCUGAUAUUUACACUGCCUUAAAAGAAGCUAACAUGGACGCUGACGAGGCUGUGCAGAAGCUGAUUCAUCAAGAUCCAUUCCACGAGGUGAAGAGAAAAAGAGACAGGAAAAAAGAGGGUACAGUAUUUGUUGAGCCUGCAAACGUAAAGAAACCUCUUGAAAAUGUUACCAGUGAAGUGAAGGUUCGUACACAGCCUGAACAUAAUGUUCGGAGAGGAGGCUACAGUAGGAAUUUCUUCCCCAGGAACGCCGCUGCUCAACGAAAUGCAUCUCCUAGAAAUCCUGCUGCUGGAUCCAACAGAGAGUUUCGCGUUGUUAGGGACAACAGGUCUAAUCCAAAUGUCAAUGAACAGUUGAAGCAUUCUUCUGCCCAGUCCUCUGGAUCAAAUAUUAACAAAGUGGUGGCCACUGUGAACAAAAAGGGCUCAAGAGGUGGUUUGGGAAAUCAUAGCUCUUCAGGGGCUCAAGAUUCUACUGACGAUUGUAAUGCUCCAGCAGAUGGCAGGCUCAGACAGGCUGAAAUUGCUCCUUUGCACCGUCCUAUCAGUAAAGAACUCCGUGGAGUUACUUUGCCAUCAACCAAUUCAGUUCUUGGUGUAUCGUCUUCCACAGAUCCAGUUCAUGUACCAUCUCCUGUUUCUAGAUCAUCACCCGUGGGAGCUAUUAAACGUGAAGUAAGGGGUGGAGGUUUAGGUGGAAAACCUUCUGAUAAUGUUGGUAAAGCUCCAUCUGUGCCCUCUUUUUCAGGGUCCUCUAUUAGAAAAAGUGGACCUAUAAAUGCACAUCGACCAUCACCAUCUUCCCCAACUUCAAAUAUUGAUCACAGUCGAAUUACUGCACGAGAGUCUGUUAUGCCCAGUGGUGUGGAAAAGAAUAGGUCAUUUUUGAACAGACAGCGUGGGAAUAGAGGAAGUCAAUAUGCUAGAACACAACAACAAGUUGGUGGCCAUACAAAGGGAGCCUCACAGCACAAGGAGUGGAAGCCUAAAUCAAAUCAGAAACCUGUUGGACAUAACCCUGGAGUAAUUGGAACACCUACAAAGUCUCAAGGUCGUAGUCCUGCUAAUAAUUCCAUAAAUGUGGAAUCAGAAGCCGUUAAGGCACACGAUAAGCUUCCGAAUGUUCAUAUAAGUGAAAGUCAGAAUGUCAUCAUCGCAGAUCAUAUUCGUGUCCCGGAAACUGACCGCUGUCAGCUUACUUUUGGUAGCUUUGUUCAAGAGGUUAAUUCUUCAAGUAAUUCAACAUCUGCUUUCCAAGAAUCAUGGUCUUCAGAAGAACUUAGAGAAUCUGAUCGUAGUUCGCCAGUUACUUGUCCUGAGGCUUUAACAGAUGGUCCAGGCGUUCAGCCUAUCAAUAAUAUUGAUGAUCAUGUCAGAAUUUCUGGAUCUGACUCACCCGUCUCAGCAGUAUCUGAGCCACAGUUGCCCGAACAGAAAGAAACUCAUAGAUCUGACAAUUUGGAUGAUUACUCGGGAAUUCAAUUACUCAAUAGGAAUGGUCCACCUUAUACUCCUUUAGAGUUUGAACAGCAGCAAGAUCUUCCCGAGUUGCAAAAAAUUUCUCAGGCUUAUGACAACCAUGGUAGUUAUGAAUUUCCGUAUUUUAUACCUGCAAUGGAUGAAACCGUACGAGUUCAAGGAUUACCAUCUCCACAGGAGCAGGGAUUCAGUACUCACAUGGUAAAUAAUACCCCUCCAUCCACUAUUCCCAUGUUGCAGCAACAACAACAGGCAUCAAUGCAACAGAUGUAUCCGCAGGUCCAUGUUUCACAUUUUCCCAAUCUCAUGCCUUAUCGUCAAUUCCUCUCCCCAGUCUAUGUUCCCCAAAUGCCCAUGCCAGGCUACUCAGGUAACCCAGCAGCAUAUGCACACCCUUCAAAUGGCAAUAGCUAUGUGCUGAUGCCUGGAGGCGGUUCUCAUCUCGGUUCAAAUGGUGUCAAGUAUGGAAUCCAUCAGCAAUAUAAACCAGUUCCAACUGGUGGACCUACGGGUUUUGGGACUUACAACAAUCCUAAUGGGUAUCCAAUUAAUCCUCCCAAUGUUGUUGGAAACGCUACGGGACUGGAAGAUCCAUCUCGCAUGAAAUACAAAGAUGUAAAUAUUUACGUUCCAAAUCCUCAGGCUGAGACUUCUGAGAUUUGGAUGCAAAAUCCAAGAGAUCUUUCAAGCCUUCAGUCUCCAUAUUACAAUGUAGCUGGACAAUCGCCUCAUGGCACUUAUUUAUCGUCCCAUACAGCACACCAAUCGUUCAACCCUGCUGCGCAAUCAUCUCACAUGCAGUUCCAGGGUCUCUUCCACCCACCACAGCCUGGCACAAUGGCGAAUCCGCACCACAUGGGACCUGGCCUUGGUGGUAAUGUUGGAGUCGGGGUUGUGCCCUCUCCUCCUCCGUCUCAAGUUGGUACCUAUCAACAAUCACAACUUGGUCAUCCGAAUUGGCCAGCAAACUUCUGAACAAAAUCUAACCUUUGUCUUCUUGUCUAAUGGAUUAUAUAAUAGCCAAAAGCAAAUAUUUUGAUUCUCCUUAUGAAACGCCCAAACUCUGUUUUGAAUUAAUCUUAUUUAUUCAAUGCAUAAAAUGUUCCCAGCUCU